AAAGUACCAAACAUUCUAUUUAUCUUCUCUAAUACCUUCCAUCUCAUUUUUACUUCAAACCAUGAAAAAGUUAUUAGCAUUUAUCAUCUUAUUCUUUCAUGUUGUAUCAACUGAUAGCAAUAAACCAAAAGAUGGAGUUGUUAUUAAUGUCACAAAACACUUUUCUUUCCAAAAUUUCAACACCCCAGUAAAUCUUCAUAAUCUCAUGCUACUUGGCAGCUCCAAUAUUGAUAAAAAGGGCCGGGUUCAAAUACCCGAUACAACAAACAUAAAUGUCGAUUUCAAACACUUGGCUGGUCGCGCAGUUUAUGCUUUUCCAGUCCGGGUUUUUGACCCUGUCACACGAACCCCGGCUUCUUUCCAAACAACUUUCUCAUUUCAGCUUGAAACCAUACAAUCAAACGCAUCUUUUACCGACGAAAAUGGUGGUGAGAGUGGUCAUGAUUAUGGCGGAAGUGGUUUCACGUUCAUUUUAGCACCUGAUGAGUUCACAGUGGGACGGCCUGGACCGUGGUUAGGCAUGCUAAAUGAUGCGUGUGAUGAAGAAUAUAAAGCCGUAGGGAUCGAAUUUGAUACACGCAAAAAUGUCGAAUUCAAGGACCCUAAUGAUAACCAUGUUGGGAUCAAUUUGGGUUCCAUUAUUUCAACUAUCACAGUUAAUGUAUCUGAAUUUGGUGUUAACUUGAAAGAUGGUGAGAUACAUAGAGCUUGGAUUAAUUACCAUGGUAAAGACCGAGUGCUGGACAUACGAUUAGGUUCUGACCGCCUUGGUUACCCUUCAAAACCUGUAUUUUCCGGGCAACUUGAUAUAUCCGAGUUUUUGAAAGAGUAUAUGUUCGUUGGGUUCUCGGCUUCUACUGGAAAUUUUACUCAGAUUCAUAACUUGAUUUCCUGGAACUUUACGUCAACUAGUCAAGCUUCUCUUCGUGUACCCUCACCUGAAGCCUGUGAAAACAAGAUUGUCGUUGAUAAUGGCGAUAACGAUGGUGAUAAUGACCGUGACACGUUGGAGAGUUUCUUUAUAUUCAUGGCAGUGGUUUUGCUUGUGAUUGUUGGUUUUGUGAGUUUAUACUACAACAGAAAGCGAACUGGAGAGGAAUCGAAUGAGGUGGCCAUGCUUCCUGCAGCAAAAGAACGACCUCGUCCACCAAACAAACCACGACACUUCACCAUUGCGGAGAUUUCAUCGGCUACUCGGUGUUUUGAUGAGUUACACAAGCUGGGAUGUGAUGAAACAGGGGAUACGUACAAGGGUAGUUUGUUAAACGGGUGCCCUGUGGUGGUUAAGAGGUUCUCAACGGGUUAUUAUGCAUCACGUGGUGUUAACAGGCGUCGCAUGGGCAAAGAGAUCAAGUUAAUGAGCAAGUUACGCCACCCUAAUUUGGUGGCGAUUAGAGGGUGGUGCUUUGACCACCAAGAGACCAUGGUAGUCUAUGAUUAUGUACCCAAUGGAACCUUCAACGAUUGGCUUUAUGGGAUUGGUGUUUUGCCAUGGAGUCGACGGCUCAAGGUGAUCCGAGAUGUGGCACACGCAUUGACUUACCUCCAUUCACAAAAACUCGCUCACAAGAAUGUGAAGACAGGUAGUGUAUUUAUCGAUGUAAGUUUCCGAGCCUUGCUUGGGGAUUACGGGUUUGUGAUGCCAGGUGUGGAUUCAAACCGGUUUGAGGAUGCAGUGAGUCAACCAACGGAUGUUUUUGAGUUUGGGGUGCUUGUAUUAGAGGUUGUUGCAGGUAGGACUAGGUACCAGUCUGGGUCUGACACUCAAAGCGAUGGUGAGGGGUCAGACUUGGACCUAUUAGAAUGGGCUUGGAACAUGCAUGUGAUGAACGAGAAAGAAAAAGUUGUUGAUACAAAGAUAGGUUCAGCGUUGAACAUGGACCAGGCGAUUCAGGUAAUGGAGAUCGGGUUAUUGUGUACAUUGAAAGAAAAUAAAGGUCGUCCGAGUAUGGCAGAGGUGGUCGAAUAUGUGCAUUUUGAGAAGGAAGUUCCUGAACUGCCCUCAAGUCGGCCGAUGUCUCUGUUUCCUUAUACAAGCACAACAGAGCUUUGUUAUAAUUCUUACAUAUGCCCUUUCAAGUAAUCCUACAUUACAGUAGUUUAUACCUAGAGUUGCAUUUGAUAUACCGUUAUCAUUAAUGUAAUCUAGACAAAAUUGUAUUAUUAAUCUGUCAAUUGUAAAUCAGGCCCUCCUAUGUAAUUGUUUUUGAGGUAAAGUGUUUAUCAUA